UUGUGAAAAGUCAGCUGUGAAGCUCUAUGGAGUUUGGGAACCACUGUUUUUGUCAGUUUGAGUUGUUUUCAGUACAGAGGUUAAAAAUCACAACAUGUAGUGUGUAGUAUUUUUGAAUCCUUGAUAUAAGGUGUGUUGAUAAUUAAGACAAAGAUAUGCGUUUGGCUUCGGAAAUAUCCGGCGGCAGUAAUUCAUAGUUAAGAAACCGUACAGUCGCGUUUCUUCACAACACAGUCCAUCAUUUUACGGCUGAUCAGAAAUCAGCCGUAAAGCACAACGUGUGGAGUCGGAGGAAGAUUAACACGGAAACCACAGAGCACGCAUCAUGCCGUUUGUGGACCUGCAGUCGAGGCUUGGCAUCAACGUGGACCGCUGGCUGCUGAUUCAGAGUGGAACACAGCCCUACCAACGGCCUGCACGCUGCCACGCCUUUGAGAAAGAGUGGAUCGAAUGUGCCCAUGGCAUCGGGCAGACCCGAGCCAAGAAGGAGUGCCAGCUGGAGUUUGAGGACUUCUAUGAAUGCAUGCACAGGGAGAAGAUGAUGCGGAGGCUGCAGACGAUCCGUCAGCAGCGCGACAAGAUGAUGAAGGAGGGGACCUACACGCCGCCUCCCCACCACUUGGGCCAGAAGGACUAGCUUCCAAGAAGGAACACACAAUUGCUGGCAGUUCUGUUCUGUGUAUAGUAAAUAAGAUGCCACCAUUUCCUAUUGGCCUGUACAUGUUUGCAAAUACAUGGUAUCAUCCACCGUCA